UCUUUUGAACAGCCACGUGGAUUAACAAAGCAGGUCUGCCCCCCUGCUACCCCACUGCUUCAGAUUUUUACUGUUUAUUUAACUGAUCCUAAAUACACACUUUUACCCAACGCCUUGCUUUUAAUCCUAUGGAAUAAUUUAUGGCAAUGAAUGGCUGAGCCCCCUCGCAUGAUCGCUUUAUAAGGGACAGGGUGGGUUAGACACCUCAGUCCAGCCAGUUAACAACUAGCAGCACACUAUCCUGGCAAGACUAUCCUGGACAAAUAUAUUUUAAUAUUUUCCUUUUUUAGCAAAUGAUGGUGUCCAAGAUGAAGGAUCGCAAAAGAACUCCAGUUUCGCAUAAGGUGAUUGAGAAACGAAGACGGGACCGUAUAAACCGCUGUCUAAAUGAACUCGGGAAAACUGUGCCAAUGGCGCUCGCCAAACAGAACUCUGGGAAGCUGGAAAAAGCAGAGAUUUUGGAGAUGACGGUUCAGUACCUGAGAGCUCUGCAUUCUGCUGACUUUCCCCGGGGCAGAGAGAAAGGGGAGCUACUGGCGGAGUUUGCGAACUAUUUCCACUACGGAUACCACGAGUGCAUGAAGAACCUGGUCCACUACCUUACCACGGUGGAGCGAAUGGAGACCAAAGACAACAAGUACGCGAGGAUUUUGGCGUUCCUGCAAUCCAAGUCCCGCGUCGUUACCGACCCUAUGUUCAGCUCUCUGGGCGCACUGCCAGACACCGCAGACUAUUUGUGCCAGUUGCACUCUUCCCCUGAGUACCAGAGUCCCAGUCCCACUGAGUCCAUGUUCCAGCAGAGCCCCCCCGGACACUUCUCUUGGCACAGUUCGGCGCGGAGUCCGACCAUCGGUUAUUCGCCGGUGUCUUUAUCCACCCCGACACAGCAGCACGGCGGGUACUUGUCGCCAGUGCAGGGACUUGAUCAUCAUUAUAUCAACUUCAUCGGUCACUCUCACCCCAACGCAUUCAGUUUGCAUACCGCGCAACACGCUGCUUUGUAAAUGCUUUUGUAUAUAUUGUCUCUAUUUAUGUAUGUGUAAAUGUAAU